AACGAAUUCGACCUCUUUGUUCUUCGUCUCCACAUAUUUCAUCCUCCACAGCCCAUAGAUCGGCAUCGCCGCUGCAUAAUCACAAGGAAUAGAGGUAUUAGAAUCCAAAAACUAUGUCAAGAUCACCAUCUCCAACCCUCUCCGACUCGGCCCUCCUGGACUCGCUCGAAGAUUCAUUUGACUUCUCUGCCCACCGGGAGGCGCGAAUGGAAGCUCUGUCAAGACAAAUCAAACAGGUGAAAGACUUGAGAGAGAGUGAAUAUGGAAGGGUGGUGGAAUUCAAUGAAGAGAAAGCGCUUAUUGAGCGUAUGGCUAAAGAAAAGUAUUGCGUUUUACAUUUUGUUCAUCCUAAUUUUCAGCGCUGUGAUAUAAUGGAUCGUCAUCUGUCCCAACUCGCUCCAAAACACAAACACACCCUUUUCCUUCGGGCAAACGUGGAUAAUGUCCCGUUCUUGGUGACCAAGAUGGCAAUCAAGGUUCUACCUUGCGUGAUGUCGUACGUUGAUGGGAGGGCCGUUGAUCGGUUGAUUGGUUUUGAAGAGCUCGGCCAAACAGACAACUUCACUACCAAAGCCCUCGAAUUCCGGCUCUCACAAACAGGUGUUCUCCCAACAGAUCUAACAUUGGCGACCAACGUGUCUUCUUCGCUCCUCACUCAAAAACAGCAGGGAUCUCGGUCGGAUUUUGAAGAGGAGGAUUCGGAAGAGGAAAAGGAUAGGAGAAGAGGAAAAAGUGGGAUACGGGGCGGGUUUAGGAAUAAGAGGGGAGACGAGAGUGAUGAUGACUGGUAGAUGUAUUUAUAUUUUCUUGGGACUGCAGGCACGAUGCAAGUUGUAUACAACAUUGA